AUGUUAGCACGGUGCGCACUACGACGCGUGCUGCGCGGGCCAAAUGCAAGAACAAGAAUACAUGCCCGCACUUGGCAGCCAAGGAUUCCUUCCCAAUACAUCCCAUCAAAUGACAUCCAUACCACCACAAGGAAGAGACCUAGCAUCAUUCAAUAUGCGCUAUUAGAAAAAACUCAAGUCCAGGGAUUGGCCACGGCUGCUGUCCCAAGCAUCCUCGUUCCACCACUCAUCUUCAUCGGACUUCUCCUCGGCCUCUGGACAUGGAAAUGUUUCUGGAUCAUUGUUAUGCAGAACAAGCUUCUUUACAUCUCCUGGCUGCCACCAUUUACACGCUCUGAAGUUAUAUCAGACUAUCAAGCUGAGUGCAGGCCUGUGAAAUGGGAAGAGAGGCAGAUACGCAGUCUCGAUGGGACUAAAUUGGCUGUUUGCGAGGGCCGCAUUCCACCAGGCCUCAAAAAUCGGGAGUCUAUGGCCCUUUUAAGGUCUCAAAACAAGGACUGCGCGAAGCUGAAGCGGAAAAGAUCCGUCAUAAUCUGUUAUUUUCAAGGAAAUGGUGGUUCAACGCCUAUGCGACUGCCACUUCUUUCGCAGGUCUUGCGCUCAAUUACGGAGGCCUCCAAACCAGCAGCCUCUACUACAUCAGACUCUAUAGAUACAGAUUACACGGUUGUUGCACUAUCAUACCGUGGCUACUGGACAUCUUCAGGUCGCGCUACACAAUCCGGCAUUGAAAUGGAUGCCCAGGCAUUCUUGAACUGGGUAUCAGAGACCUACGCGGCCCCAGACACCGAUCUUGAACUUGUUCUGUGGGGCCACAGUCUAGGAGCAGCAGUUGCAAGUACGGCGAUAGCUACCUAUCUUCCACGUCGUGAGGACACAUCGACAUCAUCUUCCGGGACAAGCAAUGGCCAACCACUGCCGCCAAUCUCUCGGUUGAUCUUGGAGGCACCGACUUCAAGUAUCAAGGACAUGCUAAUUGCCCUCUAUCCGCAGAGAUGGCUUCCUUAUCGAUAUAUGUGGCCUUUUUCUUGGAAUACGUGGGAUAUAAAGGCGAAAAUGAGAGAGAUUGCUACAUGGAGAGACUAUAGCAACAGUCCAUCUGGCUCUGAGAGCUCGGCAUCUAACACGAGGAAUCCACCGCCUCGUUCAGUUCCCCCGGUAUUCAUUCUUGCUGCGGAGAAAGACGAGGUCAUCCCGGAGUAUGUGCCGGGUCAGCUAGAACAACAAGCGAAAUCACUCAGUAUACAAAUCUACCGGAAAGAGGUUCUAGGCGCAAUGCACACAGAAGGACCGCAAAAAUUAGAUGGCCGGAAAGCACUUGUGCAAUUUAUCAUACAUGGCACCCCAACAUCGGAAAGGAUACACUCAGCAUAA